AUGCCGCCUUUCCUGCGACUCCUUAGCGGGCAAGUGGUCUGCCUUCGGAGCGGAGCACCCAACUCCCAGCUCCCAACUCCCAGCUCCCAGCUCCAGUUCAGGUUGCGUCAUCCGCUUUUGGGGGCGCUCUCCAAGCUGCGUCUAGGAGAAUUGCUGUUUCACCUCAGCCGCGAUACAUACUUCACAAAUUGGUGCUGCUUGGCCCGCUUUGUUGACUGUGUGUCCGUCCGAAGCUCAGAUCGAAAUCUAGUCAAGAUCUGUCGCUGUCCGCUCGUCCGCCUGUCCGCCGGUCCACUGUCCGUUCGAGAGCACCAGUACGAUAUAAAAGUAACGCAUUGCACGCAAUCCACUUACAGUUGCAAUUCUCCCUCCAAGCCAAGUGAUUCGUGAUCCAGCGCAAGCAUGAAACUUCUGAUCCUCACCACUUUGCUGGCUGCCGCCAAUGCUGCUCCCGGACUUCUGGACUACGGACACUCGGCUCCGGACCUAAGCUACGCCCAUGCUGCUCCUGCCAUCACCUAUGCGGCCGCAGCUCCAGUGAUCAAAUCGUAUGCUGCUCCCGCGAUCACUUACGCGGCCCCGGCUCCAGUGAUUAAGUCCUACGCUGCUCCGGCCAUCAGCUAUGCCCAUGCUGCUCCCGCCAUCAGCUACGCCGCUCCCACGGUGGUCAAGUCCUAUGCGGCUCCCGUGGCGGUGAAGGUGGCGGCUCCGGCCACCAGCUACUCGCACUUCAGCUCGGUCGUUUCCCACGCCACGCCCGUUGUCAAGUCCUACGCUGCGCCGGCCAUCGCCUACGCCGCUCCAGCUCCUGUGAUCAAAUCCUACGCAGCUCCGGCCAUCAGCUACGCCCACGCCGCCCCAGCCAUCAGCUACGCUGCCCCCACGGUGGUCAAGUCCUACGCGGCUCCAGCCAUCAGCUACGCAGCUCCGACCCUGCUGAAGUCCUACGCUGCUCCGGCCCUGUCCCUGGGUGGCUACGACGACCACGGCUACGGCUACCACUAA